CAGACUCGGUUCAAGGUGGUUCACAUGCCUGCGCACUGCGCGCAACACGACGCACAAAACGGGAUUAUUCCAUUAGCAAACAAAAGAAAAAUUACAAAACAAAAUCCUAGGAUUUAUUAAAGCUUCUGCAUCUUUUGACGCGGUUGAAGACACUUUCUGAACAAAGCUGUCAAAGCAAUGAAAGCCUGGAGAGUUGGCUUUCUUUGCUUAGUGGUCUUGAACGCAGCAGUUCGUUAUGUGACUUCUUUGGAGCAAGAACUGGCCGAUUCUAUUUUGGGUAAAUUUCUGGAUCCCGUCAAAGACUUGUCUGAGCAGAAGUAUGACGCCAAUGAAACGGUGGCCAGAUUCUCCCUACGCAGACCCUCCCACCCAGAAGAUGACCUGUGCUACAUCCUACCCGGCCGAGCUGACUCGCUGGCGGCCUGUGCCUUCAACAGCACCGCCAAAACCUUCCUCAUCAUCCACGGGUGGACGUUGAGCGGCAUGUUUGAAAGCUGGGUGGCUAAGUUGGUGUCGGCGCUGUACGAGCGAGAGCAGCUGGCCAACGUCAUCGUGGUGGACUGGCUCAGUACGGCCCAGAACCACUACGUGGUCGCGGCCCAGAACACCAAGGCGGUGGGGCAGGAGGUGGCACGCUUCAUUGACUGGAUUGAGGAAACCACCAAUAUUCCGCUUGACAACUUGCAUCUGAUUGGCUACAGCCUCGGUGCUCAUGUGGCAGGCUUUGCGGGGAGCCAUGCGACCAAUAAAGUUGGAAGAAUAACAGGUUUGGACCCGGCCGGGCCUGACUUUGAGGGCGAGCACGCCCACAGGCGCCUCUCCCCGGAUGACGCCGGCUUCGUGGACGUCCUCCACACCUUCACCCGAGGCUCUUUGGGUCUCAGUAUCGGCAUCCAGCAGCCUGUGGGCCACGUGGACAUCUACCCAAAUGGAGGCAGCUUCCAGCCGGGCUGCAACUUAAGAGGCGCUCUGGAGAAGAUUGCCAAAUUUGGGAUAUUUGCCAUCACCGAUGCGGUCAAGUGCGAGCACGAGCGCUCCAUCCACCUCUUCAUUGACUCGCUGCUGAACGAGGAGGAGGCGGCCAAGGCCUACCGUUGCAGCAGUAACGACAGGUUCGACCGGGGAAUGUGCCUCAACUGCCGCAAAAACCGCUGCAACACGGUGGGCUACGACAUCAGCAAGGUCCGCAAGGUGCGCAACGUACAGUUGUACACCAAGACCAGAGCCACCAUGCCCUACAGAGUUUAUCACUACCAGCUGAAGAUCCACUUUUCCAGUAAAGUGAACCGCUCAGAGAUGGAGCCCUCACUGACCGUCUCGCUGUUCGGAACCAAAGGAGAGGUGGACGACCUGCAGCUUAAAUUGAAGGAGAAAAUAUCAGCAAAUAGGAUGCAUUCCUUCCUACUGGUGACCGAGAAGGACAUCGGUGAGCUGUUGAUGUUGACGUUCAAGUGGGAGGAGUCAAACGGCUGGUCGGCUUCCAGUAUGUUGAAGAUGGUUUCCUCCUGGUGGUCCGGCCACUCCGACGGCGCCGACAUGGAGGUGCAUAAAAUUCGCAUUCGGGCUGGAGAGACGCAGCAAAAGGUUGUAUUUUGCAUCAAAGAUCCCGAUUCUACCAACUUAACGCAAGAGCUUACCUUUGUCAAAUGUAAGGACUCGUGGCGAGCGAAUCCAAAACGCACAUCCAAAAGAAUCACCUUGGAGGCUCACUGACCCUGCAGAGAAAACAACCUUCACUACCCCGUGCGUCCUUUUGCACUUAGUCAAUAAUUUAUUUGAUGU